AUGGGCCAGGCUCGCAUGAAGUUGGCUGGGUUUCCCUUUGCUCUGUGCCUCAUCAGCAUACCUAAGCUUUCCAGGAGGGGAACAACAGAACUCGCCAAGCCGUUUGAGCCGCCGACGAAGGAGGAGGUGCUGCGAUACCGAUACACGACAUACAUGGGCGAGAACCACCCGGCAGAGAAGAAGGUGGUCGUCCAGUUCUCGCCGGCCGACCUGGGCUUGACGCCGGUGCAGGCGAACAAGCUCAAGAAGCUAGCGGGGACGCGGUACGACCCGGGCAAGGACAUCGUCAAGAUGAGCUGCGAGAGCUUCGACCACGCCGCGCAGAACAAGCGAUACCUCUCGGACCAGGUGGACACGCUCGUGGCGGCGGCCAAGGACCCCAAGGACACAUUCGAGGACAUUCCUCUGGAUACGCGACACUACAAGCCGGUGGUCAAGCCCAAGUUCCCCAAGGCGUGGCGGUUGACGCCGGACCGCAAGAAGGAGCUGGCGGCGUUGCGGGAGCAGGCCAAGCAGCUGGACGCCGGCAAGAAGGCCGAGGGACAACUGGUGGAUGGACAGAAGAUGAUCGACGCGAUGCUGGGCGGGCCUUCCGUUGUUGCACAGCAGACGAUAAGCAAAGAAGCCAUGGCCGAGAUGUUGGUAAUCGCACAGAGGCAAGCGCCGCCCAAGGCCAGAAAGCAGGACAGAAACUAG